AUGCUGAGUUCCAGUUCGGACUUCAGUGAAGUUGCACCUGUGUUAGGCACACCAGUAACAGGGGAUGUUUCCAGUGCAGCCUCUUUGUCAGACUCGGACAGUUGGGCUUCUUUUCCAUUGUCACAGAUGUCACCCCCACCCAUGAAAAGACAAAAGAGACUUUUGUUUGAUACCAAGAAGAUUCUUAGUGAAUCUCCAGAAGGAAAGAGUGUCACUCGGAGCAUCGAGCAAUCUGGAUUCUUGACGAAAAAAGUCAGGCAUCAACUAGUCAGGAUAUUAGUGAGCUACUUGAUUUCCCAUCAUGGAAAAAACCCUGGUGCAUUUGAAAAGAGUGCUCUGGCUGAGAGUGUGAUUGCUGCAUUCCCAAGCCUGAAAGACCCUCAAGGAAUCACAGGAUAUGAAGCCUUUUACACUAAAGGAUCCAAAGGAUGCCCUGCAGGUGGUUAUCUUGAAGAACACUUGCGUUAUGUGAGGAAAAAUAUGAUAAGAAAGGAGGAAGUUGGAGAGCAUCAAGGAAGGAAGGAGGAAGUUGGAAAGCAUCAAGUUAAUGCAAGUGCAGCAACUCCUGAUGAACCCGAUGAGAAGCAAGAGACAGCCGAAGAUGUACUUGCAAAGGUUCAGUGGCUAAAGGACAACUGUGCACCUACUACCAAAGUCAAAGAGUACAUGUCAUUGACAUCAAAGCACAGGGCAGAAUGGGUGAAAGAUAGGGAGAGAACUGUUGCAGAAAUCUUGGAGGAGUUCCCCAGGCUGCUUGGUAUUGGGAUGAUUGAGCAAGACUUCCAGCUGAUGUACCCAAAAGUUGCUGACAGACUGACUGACAAAUGGGGCGGCUUGUCGGACUCACUGAUAGAUUAUGCCACACAGAUGUUUCCUCUUUGGAAGGAUGUGUUAGGUCUUGAUGCCAGUACUGAUGUAAAGAAACUGACAGAAGAUGAGAAGAUCAACCUGUCAUUCUUUGUCAUUCCAAUGAUAUUUGAUGGCUGCGACAAAAAGAAAACUGGUGGCAGAUUUGGGCCAAAGGAAACAAUGAAAGCCUUUAUUGAUGUACAACUGGAUAUUGUGCACAUGCCAACGUACUUAGAAAAAAUUGACGCGACAAAACAUCCUCAGCCAUUCCUGCUCGUCCUGUACAGUGAAUCAGUGCUAAAACCUUCCAGUGUAUUUGUGAUUAUUGAGAAGAACACAAUUCCGCAACCAUCCCUACUGAAGGCCAUAGAUGUCUGCUAUAAGGCUCACUUCAUACUCGACUGUAAAUACCAGCAACUUUGCACAAGUGUGUGGAAAUUCUUUGAGAGGUAUAUUUUCAACCAGCCUGGAAUUCCAACAAACAAAGACAGUCCAACUCUAAGAGCCCUGAGGGCAUUUUUGGCUUUCCGAAAUUUUCCAUGAAAGCUUCCCAGAUUGACCAUGGGCUGUUUGACAUUUUGU